CCGGGCGAUCGUCUCGAGCUCAACCGGGUUGAGGGACUCGUUGCCUGACUGAAGGGCUCGGCGGUUUGGUUUGAUAGAAAGGAUUUGCAAUGGCACACCCACGUAUCUCAUCCAAAUUGCCUCCUGAUAUUGAUCCCACCAAAGCCCCUAUUGCCUUUGGUCGGAGGGCUCUUCCUAAGCUCAACGAGGAAUUAGAAGACUCUGACCUGCUGACCCGGCAGCGGGCACUGAUGUCACUAUGUGAUCUGAUGCAUGAUCCAGAGAAUGCAUACCAAGCAAUAAAUAUAGGAUUUGUAGAUAACUUGAAAAAGCUGCUUUUGGAUGAAGAUCAAACAGUGCGACAAAAAACAACAGAGGUUCUAUAUAUAAUGGCUACACAUAAUGUUGGCAGGUACAGUUUUAUAAAACAUGGAGUCAUUCCAGCUCUGGCACAACUUUUGAAUGAUCCAGUUGACAUCUGCCGUUGGAACAUGCACUAUGGAUUGAAACUAAUGUCAGAAUGGGCUCCAGGGGCCAUUGAGAUUGUGGAAAGCAGUUUGAUUCCCUCUCUAGUACUCAAGCUGAAAACGGAGAAUGAAGAGAUUCAAAAGCUGCUGCUGGAGACGCUGUCAGGCUGCCUGCGUGUUGAAGCCUUUGAAGCCCUGGCCACAGGAGCAGUUGGCAUACUGAAGGAGAUGCUCAGGCAUUGUUCUGUGGAGAUCAGGAGCAAAGCAGCAGAGGCCCUCAUGACAAUUAGCGUCCCUCUGGAGGGGAAGAAAAUGAUCUUUCAAGAGGACGUCUUCCCAGACCUUGUUAUCCUGUUGAACGAUGCCGCUGCUGAGGUACGAGCCAAUGCAGCUGGGGCACUGAUGAAUGCGGUGAUCACAACACAAGGUAAAUAUGCAGCAAUCAAAGCCAUGGCCAUUGAGACUCUUCUGCCCCUGAUCCAUGAUGACAAAAGCAAAGUCCGUCUGUACUCCCUCAAGGCUCUGACCAUGUUGGCAGAAGCUCCAGAAGGCCGCAAGACGUUGCUGUACCAUGUGAAAGAGUUUCAGGAGCGGAUGAAAGACCCCAACGAGGCUGUGAGAAGGGCGGCCACGAUUGCUGUAGAAGUCAUUACAUGGAAACCUUAAAAAAAAUCACAUGGGCCAUACAGCAAUAUAUUAUGUACGUUGUGAAGUGUUUAUUGUAAUAAACAGUCAAG